AUGGCAGCACCACCACCACCAUCAUCAUUAUCACCAUCAUCAUCAUCAUCACCAAAAGAAAUCCCCCUCCCCGACUCAAUCGACUUCCUUUCCGAAUCACAAUGGGCCGUCUUCAUGGCCCUAAUGGACACCAUCGCGCCCGCGAUCCUGCCCCCAAAGUCUAUCGCCUCUUCCGACAACAACACCCCCGAUGACAAGUCAGUCCUGAGGCUCUCCCAACAAGAAUACGCCGCCGCCGCCUCCAAAAUCCGCGCAGCAGUCUCCCCCCACGAGGUCACCGCCGAGACAAUCGAGUCCUACCUCCGCGAACGCCCCAGCGACAACCCCAUGUUUGAAAAGAUCAUGAAACUCGUCCUCAGCGGCCUGCCCCCGUCCAAAAAGAGGGAGCUGAAGAUUCUCUUGAGUGUCUUGUCCACCAGACCAGGAUCCUUAAUCCUCACAUCGUACGGCACGCCACUGCCCCAACUUGGGCUGGAGGAUAGAACCAGGGUUUUGGAGGGUUGGAGGGAGAGCAGGCUUUGGGCUGUCAGGGGGUUGUUCAAGUCGAUGACUACGCUGGGCAAGCUGGGGUUUUUGAGGAGUAGUAAUACAUUUGCGCCGUUGACGGGGUUCCCUUCUGUGCCGAAGGAGUGGGUUGCUACUUCUUCGUUUCCGUUUGAGUUUAUCAGGCCAACGGCGGAGGUUGAGACGGACGUGGUGAUUAUUGGAUCGGGGUGCGGGUCAGGGGUGGUGACGAACAGGUUGGCGAAUACGUUUGGCAAAGGGGUCAAGGUUUUGGUUUUGGAAAAGGGGGGGCAUUUCGACGCGUCGUAUUUUCCCAUGUCGCAGACGGUGGGGCUGUCGGCUAUGUUUGAGGCCGGGGGGGUGGUUGAGUCGGAUGAUGGGUCGAUUACUGUUACGGCGGGGAGCUGUUUUGGGGGUGGUGGGACGGUGAACUGGAGCGCGUCGUUGCAGCCGCAGGAUUUUGUCAGGAAGGACUGGGCCGAGACGUACAAGAUGCCUUUUUUUGACGGGAGGGAGUUCCAGGAGUGUUUGAAUCAUGUUUGGGAGAAGAUGGGGGUUACGGACAAGAUUACGCCGAACCAUGGAAAUCAGGUGCUGUUGAAUGGUGGGAGGCAGACGGGGUGUAAAAGGUGCAAGAUUGUGCCGCAAAAUACGCGCGGUCAACCGCACAACUGUGGUUAUUGCACUUUGGGAUGCGCCAAUGGUGAGAAGAUGGGACCUGUGAAUGGAUGGUUCCCAGAGGCUGCUGAGAAGGGGGCUGUAGAGUUUAUGGAAGGGUUCAGGGCUGAAAGAGUCCUUUUUGAUGAGAAAAAGAAGAGCAAGAAGGUGGCCUGUGGUGUUGCGGGCGUUUGGACCCCCAAGGAAGGCGGAGAGCCGAUCAAGGUUGUCGUCAAGGCCAAGAAGGUGGUUGUCAGCGCUGGCACGCUGUGGAGUCCGGUGGUUCUGAUGAACAGUGGGAUCAAGAACCCCCAGGUUGGCAAGAACCUGUAUUUGCAUCCUGUCAACUUUGUUGCUGGUGCUUUCGAUGAGGACAUUCGUCCUUGGGAGGGCGGCAGUCUCACGACGGUGGUUGGCGAUUUCGAGGACCUGGACGGCAAGGGUCACGGCGCCAAACUGGAGGCCAUGUCGAUGAUGCCCAGCUUGGCACUUCCCUUCCUCACAUGGCGCUCUGGAAGCGACUACAAGCUGAUGGCGGCCAAGUACCGCCACAUCAACCAGUACAUCUCCAUCAUCCGUGACAGGGACACUGGAUACAUUUACAGAGACCCCUAUACCGGCGACCCUCGUAUCUCGUACACGCCGUCCGAUUUCGACCGCGCCCACAACUUUGUCGGUGUUCUCGAGCUCUGCAAAAUUCUGCAUGCGACUGGGGCGAGAGAAAUCCACCCUUGUCUGCCUGGCUUCCAGCCAUUUGUUCGGUCUCAAGGCGACCCAAAGAAGACGGACAAGGCGUUCAAGAAGUGGCUCAGGAAACUGAAGAAGCAUGGCAACAAGCCACCUGUUGCGCCGUUUGUCUCGGCUCAUCAGAUGGGUACCUGCCGCAUGAGCGCCAAGGCAAAGGACGGUGUCGUUGACCCUCGUGGUAGAGUGUGGGAUACCGAGGGGCUGUAUGUGGCCGAUGCCAGUGUCUUCCCUACGGCCAGCGGUGUCAAUCCUAUGGUCACGACAAUGGCUCUUGCUGAUUGGGUUGCGAGGGGUAUUUGUGAGGACAUCAAGGACGAGCUGGUUGUUGAGAAAGUGCCUUCGAGGUUGUAA